CACGGUGCCCAACAAUCAGCAGGAGGAUUCCCUGUACUACCUGAUCCCCUCCCCAGGGAGUCAGAGCGCUGAGCAGUCUCUGCAGGUUGCCUUUCAGUGGAACUGCCAAUACUUCCGGGGGCGUUGAUUAGAGAUGAAAAGGCGAAGGGAAAGAGGUGGCAGGCGAUGCAGAAACUGACAGCGAGUACUGACCAAACCGGUUGCAGCGUGAUGUUAUUCCUCUCUCGGCCUUGGGAAACGCGGAGCUGAGCCGCACACUCUCUCACUGGGAGGGGAAAGACUGCGCUUCUGGGGUCUCUGCUCGUGCUCUGCCUCCACUUGCCCAGCAUUCCUCACAGCACGGCCGCUGCCUCCCAUUCACAAAGCCGAUCGCUUCCCUAGGGUGUGAGGAGAAUCCGUUCUGCUGCUGGACUGGGGGGACUGACAGGGGUAGGACAUUUGCAGUUCCAUACAUGUGAUAUGUACAGCGAGGCUUUAUGUCUAUAGCAGCCCAUUGAAUCACUACACGAGCUAUACUGCGCUGGACUCUCAUUGUCUAUGUAUGAGCGGUGGGAUACACUGAGGCUUUCCAUUGUGAGUGCCAGGGCGCAGGUGGCAGUUGCUUGUCAGUGGCAGGGCUCAGAGUACCCGGAUGGUUGCAUGCUUUCACUGACGCUCUCCCCGUGCUUUCCUGAGAAUGUCCAUAGAGCGGGAAUGUGGUUGGAGGAGUCCGCCUGAGGCCGAGGAGAACGGUUCGGUGUUGCCGGCCUCCAGCUCUAUGGCUGUGCCGUCUGAGGAAAUCCUGGCGGCUCCCGUAUCCCCUGGGCGCCCCGAGCCCGUCUCUCGCUACAACCCGCUGCUCCUGGACUAUGACGGCUCGGUGCUGCCAUUCCUGGGCGGCCUGGGACGCUACAACAAGCGGCUGGUGCUGCUCACCUGGAUCCCGGCUCUGUUUCUCAGCUUCAGCCAGUUCUCAGACUUCUUCCUGUUGGAUCAGCCCGACAAGUGGUGCCAGGUGAAUAGCAGCCUGGGAGUGCAUGGGAGACAGGCUCAUGGGGGGAAUGACAGCUCAGGGGCCCCGGGGGUUCUACUCCUGCUCCCCCCGCCACAACUUCCAACCACCCCGGCUCCCACCAGCGCCACCAACCACACGGACAGCUGCCUGUGCAACAAGUGGGACUACAGGAUCCGGGCUGGACUGCUGCAAAAUGUGGUUAGCAAGUGGGAUCUUGUUUGUGACUCUUCCUGGAAAGUCCACAUUGCCAAGUUUUCUCUGCUGGUUGGAAUGAUAUUUGGAUACUUGAUAACAGGAUCUAUUGCUGACUGGAUUGGCCGGCGUCUUGUGCUACUGAUAUCUGUAAUCUUCAAUUUAGUUUUUGGAAUGACAGUGGCCCUCUCCGUAGAUGUGAAUAUGUUCAGCACACUCAGGUUUUUUGAAGGAUUCUGCCUGUCUGGAAUAAUUUUAUCAUUGUAUGCACUGCGAAUAGAACUUUGCCCUCCUAGUCACAGAUUUAUGAUAACAAUGAUCGCCAGCUUCAUUGGAAUGGCCGGACAGUUCCUUCUACCUGGCAUUGCAGCACUCUGCAGGGAUUGGCAGGUCCUUCAAGCUGUUAUUAUCUGCCCUUUUAUCCUGAUGUUGUCAUACUGGUAUAUUUUCCCAGAAUCCCUGAGAUGGCUCAUGGCCACAAUGCAGUUUGAAGCUUCUAAGAAGCAAAUUCUUCAAAUCAUUCACAGAAACAGAGUGAACAUGGAAAGUGAUAUCAAAGGAGUAAUGCCUGAACUUGAAAGAGAAUUCUACACAAGGCCCAAGAAGGUGUGCAUUGUAAAAGUAGUCGGGACCAGGAAUCUGUGGAAGAAUAUACUAGUGCUCUGUGUAAACUCACUGACUGGGUAUGGAAUACAUCAUUGUUUUGCAAAAAGUCUGAUGGACCCUGAACUUAAUACAAGCUUCAUGCACAACUUUUAUGUGAACUACUUUGCCAUGGCAGGGAUUGCUCUGGCAUCCUGCCUGGCAAUGUGUCCCGUGGUUGGCUUUCUAGGCCGAAGAGGAGGAUUGCUGCUAUUUAUGAUUUUAACUGCACUAGCAUCUUUACUUCAGUUGGGCCUUCUGAAUUUAAUUGGAAAAUACAGUCAACGUCCUGAAACAGGUUUGAGUGACAUAGUGAAAAAUAAGUUCAACAUCAUUUUCUCCAUCAUUGGGAUGUUUUCUUCUCAUGCAGUGGGGAGUCUGAGUGUAUUCUUCUGUGCUGAAAUCACACCUACUGUUAUCAGGGGUAGUGGUCUGGGGCUAGUCCUGGCCAGUGCUGGAUUUGGAAGUCUUACAGCCCCCAUUAUGGAGCUUCACAAUCAGAAGGGAUACUUCCUUCACCAUGUCAUCUUUGCCUGCUGUACCCUCAUCUGCAUUAUCUGCAUUUUGCUAUUGCCAGAGAGCAAGAAUCAAAAUCUUCCAGAGAACAUCCCUGAAGGAGAACACUAUACCCGCCAGCCUCUUUUAUCACACAGGAAAGGGGAGCAACCACUCUUGCUAACAAACUCUGAACUUAAGGAUUAUGCCGGCCUACACGAUUCUGUUGCCAUGUUGGAUGGAACAUCAGAAAACACAACCAUAAAUGGUAUUAAAUCAUCAUAACCAAGAGACGCUCAUGGAGGAGCAUACCUAUAUUUAUUUGUUUCCCCCUUUGCACAGGUCUUACAGACCAAACGUACAGUUGGAUUGUCUGACAUGGGGUAGAGCCUCCAUAAAGCUGCUAAGCCUUAGGAAACUUCUAUUAACACUCCAGGAUAUGAAGACUUACUGUAUGUGGAUUUUUUCAUGAUUUCUGAAAUCCUGCCAUUAUUAAUGAAAAAGUAUGGCUUAUUUACUUAAUUUGAUUUUUAUACCACCGUUUAAGCACUUUUGUGUUAAUAUUCAAUAAGCCCCACCAAACUAGGGUAUUUAUUGGACUCUCAAAAUAUUAUCGAGGGCGAUGAAUGAAGGAGUUUUUUUCAAAUUUUUCCUAAACGUGCAGAAUACUAAAUAUUCUGCAGCCGGUGAUGAUGAUGAUACUGUUUCCAAAUCAAUGUCCGCCCCUUCUUUUCUCUUUAUUAGGUGCAGGUUCCGAUGCCCAAAUUUCUUUCAGGUCAACGAGUAGCUCUAAAUAUGUAAAUGGUGGAGUAGGAAACAAAUGUAGUCCAUAAACACUAAGUUAUCUAAGCUCCAUUGCACAGCUACUGGCUGUAGUUGCAACACCAUUACUGUACAGUGAGUGACUCUUAUUAACGUACACAAAGGAUGGCAUAAAGUGGAAAGACUAACAUUAUUACUUACCCAUGCGCUAAUGGAUUUUAGAUUAGAUAAAGUUCAAGUUUUUGUUUUCUAGGAUUGAGCAAUACAGACUUACUGGGAAAUGGAAAAGUCAAAACUACGCUCGGCGAAGCCUAUGAGCUGCCACUCUAUUCUGGUGUCAUGCAGCUUUUAACAAGCGUACCUACCAUUUAACCAUCAUGUUUCACAUCUUAUUGACAACUUUUAGAAAAAAAGGCUAAAAGAAAUGGUUGGUAGUAAUGUGCCAAAUCGUGCUCACUAUUGUCCUCCUGUAUAAACAGAACACAUCCUGCUUCAAGUCAGUUUCUUUUUUUUUAUAUGGAAACAGUGACAGUGGAAAUAUGAGCUAAGUCAUUGGAAUCCUAUGCUGCUGACUGACAUGAUAGAGUACUUGGCCUAUUUUGUUGUCUUUGUACGACAAAGGGAGGCACCUGCUGUCAGACUGCUGAGCUACAACUGCUACAGCCUGGUCGUAAACACCUCUGCUUUCCCAGCCUUGUGGAAAAGUGAGGGAAAAACAGAAGACAUAACCCCAUAUAGAAUAAUGCAAUACAGACACAGGUAUGCCCAUGAAAGCAGAAAAUAGAACAAGGAACAUCUAUCUGCCCAUAAUUAUAUGCUUCUGUGUUCAUAUAUUUACACAGGCAAUAAUGUACCCAUAUUUGUUUUAGUGCUGGGUAUCUGUACCAAUCUUGCCUCUAGUGCAGCCCAAUGCAAGACAAGACCUUUGCAGCGCCGAAUUUCUUCUGAGGGAACCCAGAGGCCGGCAUCCUCAGUCUCCCCCAUGGAUCACGUCCAUGCAAAUCCUUUGUACCUACAUCCCGGGGGACAGGUCGUGCAUAUAUUUAAAUAACUGGCAAACUCGCCUGUGUACCUAGUCCCUAGUGCUCUGGAUGUAGGCAAGGUUUAGGUGCAGCUGGGUGGCAUGUUGUCCCUUAAUUUGUGCCACCUCAAGCCCGGGCCUUUGUGGACUUGCCACAAAUCCGGGCCUGAACCCUUGUGUACAGGCUACAGCCAUUAAGCAUAAUGGGAGCUGUUAUUGAAUUGAAUCCUUAGGAAAUGUUACAUUUCAAUGGGACAUUUACAAUACUGUUCUAUACAUAAUGUGAAAUAGUACACAGUGAAUCUGGAACAGGCAAGUAUACCCCUCUUUCUUGGAUUGAAAUAAAGCAGAUAUUUUCAAAAUAUUCAUUGCUUAAAAUAAUCUUUUUCACUGCAGUUAAACAAGAAGUGUUCUUGGCUAUAGAUUUUAUUUUGUUAUUUGUCCAAGAAUAAAUCAGUGCCAUCUGAACAGAAGACAAGCAAGUUGGAAUUAAAUAGGUGCUACUGAUUUGGAAGUACAAAAUACAUAUGCUGGUUGAAUCCAUUGUACUGACUCAGCUCUCAGUACCAAAGAAAGUUUACUCUGAUUUUUCAUAUACCAGGAAUAGAACAAGCAUUUAUGACAAUUAUGAGCUAAAUAAAUGGUUCCCACACCUCGCCUUUAUAUAAAAAAAAAAAAGCCUUGGCAACACCCAAUUAUCUACCCAGCAUGGAACUGAAAUCAUAAUCUUAAUGAACUGUUACAAUAGAGCUUUACUGUUCAGCAGCCAUUAAUCACAAUGUGAAUGGAGCUGCUGGGAAACGGUCUACUUCAUUGGUACAAAACCUGUAACUUUCCAGCUGUUGGGCGAUUGUAUCUUUAUUUCCUAACGACAGCUGGGCAACAGCAGGAAAGGGAACGGGUUGUCUGCUCAUGGGAAAACUAUGUGGGUAAUCUACUUAAUCUCAUACAUAAGAAAUUACAGUGGGGGUCAAAUGAUUUGAUCCUUAAAGAAAAAAAAUAUCCACUGUAAAUAUCUGUAAAACGAACAAGUUUUGCUUUGCGCAGAAACAAAGCAAUCAAAUCAAUAUACAACUGGUUUGUGAUUUGGAGGGAGAAAUCGUUGGGAUUGUACAGACGAAAAAUAAAUGUUUGUAUUUUAUUGAAUGUUACUAAAUGUUGUAGAGCAAAACAAUAGGGUCACCAAAAUGGAAGAAGUGCCAUUAUUUGAUCUGAGUGUUAACUGCAUCACUGUUGGAGGGGCUACAGUACACUGUACAGUAUCUCUUCUGGAAUAGAUGAGGUUAUAAAGCACCUUAAGAAUUGUGUGUUCAGAAUUGUAGUUUGUGCUUUUGGGGAAAUGCUAGUUUGUUUUCCAUUGUGUAAAAAAAAAAAAAAAGCCAUUCAAGCCGAUUUCUGUUUUAUUGAAUUAAUAAUCGUAAAUAUCCUCUGUGCCGUAAUUUAUAAGCAAUCACCAAUGGAUUUGUAGGCAUUGUACUUGUAUUUUUACCAAACCACUAGUACUGCUUAUAUCAUUGUCCUUCAUCUAGUUUCCAUAAUUUAACAGAUUGGCCAUUUCCUCCAUUGUGUAGUACAUUGGGGAAGAAAGAUGCUACUGCAAUGAUGGUGGUGUGUUUCUGGAAGCCUGUACUUAUGCUUUCAAGUACCAAGAGUACAUGCUGGAAACUCGUACACAUUGCUUUUAAAGAACCUGAGUUUUGGUGGUGCACUAUAAACUGGAAGGUAAUGAUCUUUGGUGUACUUACUUGGUCUUGUGUUUCAGUGGGCUAAGCAGUCUCCGUAAUGCUCUAGUGUUAUUGUGUCUGUCUUUUUUGUUACCUGUACGUCAACAAAGGAAGGAAAGUCUUUCUUUUCAACAGUUGACUUUAUCUGCCAAAAUUAAGUAGGAAAUUGUUUUUACUGAUUUUUUUAUUAUUCAUAAGAAGUAGUCUGGUGGUGCUCAUCCAUAGCACAGGCUUCAAAUCAAGUUCGGAAAAUGUCUUAGAAGCUUAAUGUGUGCAUGUCAUCUGGUUGUAUCUGAGCAAAAUACUUUGUACUGUAAAUGUACAGAAAUAAAAACAUAAAAACUG